AUGAACCAUUCAACAGUGUUAAUAAAAAAACUCGAUCGAUUAGCUCGAGAUAUUACUUUUACACGAUCUAUUGAUUUCGUGACAAUAUUAUCAAAUAAAAAGAGUAAGUCAAGAAGAAAUUCAACACUGGAUCGAUUCUGUGUUGAUAUAAUACCUCGAAUUCAACACAAUAUUGAAUCACUGACUCUUGAUCGAUUAUCAAUUGAUCGUGUUCUUCGCAUUGGAAAUUAUCUUAAACUAUGGAAACUUACGCUUGUUAAUCUUUCACUUAAAACGGCACGUGAUAUUUUCAAUGAUAAUUUUGGAUUUUCGCCAUUAUCACUUAGGAAUUUAUCAUCUACAACGUUUUAUUCAUCAAGUAUUGGUUAUUUGAAUGUUACGGUACGACAUUUUAACGACUGUCUUUGUCUACUUGAUGGACGUUUCACUUGUUUACAUACAGUUAUUGUGAAAGUUGGAAUUAUCAAGAAUUCGUCAAAAACUAUAAACAAUAAGAAAAUCGUGUCAAAUUUGAAAUGUUUUUCAUUGUUUUCACUUAAUGAAACAACUAAAUAUGAUAAUCGAAUCGUACCACUUCUUCAACAAAUGUCACAAUUGGAGAAACUCACAUUAUCGCUUUGCGUUACACAUCGAGCAUCAUUUAUUGAUGGUACUCAAUUGUAUAAUGAUGUAUUAAAGAACAUGCCACAUUUACAAUCAUUCUUUUUUUAUAUCGUUACUGAAUACGUUCAGAUGAAGAAAGAACUAGUACCGUUAUGUGACAAUAUUCGGCGUACAUUCGUUGAAAACGGUUAUUCGCUUCCCUUCAAUAUGGAGCGUAUGCAUAGCGUUACUAACAAUUUUCCUGGUGGUCUGUUCAUGAAUGUUCGUCGUCCAUUCGAACAUUAUUUUUUUACUCGAAUCUCGGUGUCCUUUUCAUUGCUCACUAGCUUGGAAAUAUCCAAUUUACAUCCACAACAAAAGAAGUUCAUACAACAACCCGAUGAACCUGAUAAAACAUCAUUAAUUAGUAUAUACUCAAAUCUUGUGGAACUCAGUUUCUUUUUUGCGGACAUUGACUACAUCAAACAAUUUCUUCUUGACUCAAAUAUGCGUUUACCUCAUCUUAACAAAUUACAUGUUAAUUAUGAUAAACUGAUGACGGUAACAAAUAAUUUCACAAAGGUAGCAGCUCAUUGCAAGUGUGAAAAAUUAAAAUAUAUUACUUUUGAUGCAACAAUACCAGCAAUAGUAUAUUCGAAAAACUUCUUUCUUUAUUUUUCAUCAUUGGAAACAUAUAAAAGUAUAGAUCGUUUUUUGACUUGA